CAUUCGUGUAUUGACACCAUAACAACAUCCGUGUUUUGACACCAUAACAACAUCCGUAAUCACAAUGGAAGCAAAGCAAGGAGAGAUAUUUCAGUGUCUAAUUUUUGGGCAAAUUUGUAUGAGAGAUGAGAAAAUAAGAGAGAAAGAUGAAGGUGGUGGUUGUCGGAGGUAGCAUGGCCGGCCUGGCAUGUGCUCAUGCUCUUUUUUCAGCAGGCUGUAAGCAAGUGAUUGUCUUGGAGAAAGCUCGAACCUUAAAAUCUGCUGGAGCAGGGCUGGCCCUGGACUCCCAGACAUGCCAAGCUCUGGCUGAAUGGCAGCUCCAUCAACAACUCAUGGAUUCCACCCUUCCUCUCACCAUCGACCAGAAUCAAGCAACUGAAAGCAAGAGUAAAGCCACCCGAGUGCUUGCUAGAGAUGAGAAUUUCAAUUGCAGGGCUGCCCAUUGGAGUGAUUUGCACAAAUUGUUGUAUGAUAAGCUACCACGGGAUACAGUGCACUGGGGUCACGAGGUUGUUUCGUUUCGGCAGAGUGGGGAUGGAUUGGGUGUCACAGUUGAAGUGAAGAUGGCUCAGACAGAUCAAACAAUUGAGAUAGAUGGGGAUUUGCUGGUUGCUGCAGAUGGUUCCAUGUCUCUCAUUAGGAAGCAUUUUGUGCCUCACCAACACAGGAGGUAUUUAGGCUAUUGUGCAUGGCGAGGUGUCUUUGAUUAUUCCAAGAAUGAUUCACCUGAGAUGGUUGCUUCCAUUAAGAAAGUUUACCCUGAUCUUGGCAAAUGUUUGUAUUUUGAUCUUGCCAAGGGGAGUCAUUCUGUGUUUUACGAGUUGCAUGGUAAAAGGAUUAAUUGGCUUUGGUAUGUUAAUCAACCUGAACCUCAUAUGCAGAUGAACUCGUUAACUGCAAAAGUAGACAAGAUUGCCAUUGAAAAGAUGCAUGAAGAAGCCAGUGAGACAUGGGUACCAGAGUUAUCCGCUCUUAUAAAGGCCACCCCAGAACCAUUCAUAAAUGUUUUAUAUGAUCGAGAACCACUAAAGCAAUUUGUUUGGGGUCAUGUGGUGCUUGUGGGUGAUGCUGCACAUCCAACUUCCCCCCAUGGAGUCAGAAGCACAAACAUGUCAAUCAUGGAUGCAAGUGUUUUGGGUCAAUCAAUUGCAAAGUGGGGCUUUGACAAGAUUUCUACAGCAUUGGCUGAAUAUGAGUCUAUUCGGCUCCCUGUGACAUCACAACAAGUAUUGUACUCUCGACAUUUAGGUCUUCUGAAACAGGGUUUUCUGUUUGAUCCUCCACAUAGUUUUCCUUGGUUUGAGGCAGAUGCAGACCUAUGUGAGCAGCUGCUUCAAAGGAAUAUGCCUUUCUUCAAAUCACAUAGUUAGAUAGAAGAAAUAUUAAAUGAGGUUUUAUGGUUAGCAUUUGAAUUUUUUUCCAAAAUAAUAUAUGUUCAUUGUGUGCAGCUGGAAAUGUGUUAUUAGUAGCUUCCCUACAAUAUCAGAUCUAAGGGCCAUGUUGAUAACCAUUAUAAUCCUCUUGUAGAGGACGACUUUCUUUUGAGACAUUCAUGAAUUAAACUCAUGAAUAGACAUUUAUGC